AUGGCGGGUGUGCCGGAGAAGACCACUGGCCUUGUGGGGUUGGCUGUAUGUGAGAAUCCACACGAGAGGCCAGAUGUUAAAAAAUUGGAAGACCAACUUCAACUUGGCCAAAUAGAAGAGGUUAUUCUUCAGGCUGAAAAUGAACUAAGUCUGGCAAUAAAAAUGCCACCGUGGAAACCAGGGGAGCCAUUAGAGGAAGAGCCAUCUGCCAACCAGUGGAAAUGGUCAAUAUGA